AUGUAGGGAAUGAUAACUUACCUUAGUAGCUGAGAAGUUAGGUAAAAUCUCAAGCCACCUGUGACAUCAAGAUCAAGAUCAAGAUCAUUGAUCAACAAAGGAGUCAGGGCUCGCGACCAUCAACAAAGAUUGAACUAACACCGCCUUCCACGCCCUCAAGUGUACGCAGACCUUCCUGCAGCAGUCCGGACAUUUUGACAGGAUCUCGCCCCUACCUUGGGGACCCAUCUUGACCACAACGACAACCGCAAGCAACCCUGUACUGCCGGGGCCAUAGAGGCCGUGGCCCCGUGGCCUAACCAGCCUCCCAAACACUGAAGAACAGUGCCGCCGCUGUUCUCCAUAUUCCCCGAGAAGUCACUUGUCACUGCACUGCAUUCAGGGAUCAAAAAUAAAUUCAUGAUCCAUGCCAGUGCUGGUGCAGAAGUGAGGGUCUGAGGCGGUGCUGUGCUCAGCGCUCCCUGCGUCCUUGCUGACGCUGACUUCUGCUGCAGUGGGGGCUGCAAGGCUGGGCAGCAGCCUGAGGGGCUGGGACCAGCAGGAGCAGACUGUCUCUGGUGUGAGCAUCAGGGGUGAUCAGGAGAGCCACACCACCACCACCUUGCUGCACUCAUUUCAAGCCAUAAAGGAAAGUGAAAGUUUGAGUGCAAAAAGACUUGAGACUGAGAACAGGUCCACUAGACACAACCUUGCACACACUGGUGAAGAAAACCAUGAGUGCCAAGAGUGUGGGAAAAGACUCCCUGGGAAGGGUGACCUUACCAAGUACACCCACACACUCUGGAGGAAGACCUCAUGAAUGCUGUGAGUGUGGCAAAAAGUUCAGUAGAAAGAGUGCCCUCAACACACACACCCUUACACACACUGGUGAAGGACCUCAUGAAUGCCAUGAGUGUGGCAAAGAGUUCAGUAAGGAGAGUGACCUCAUCACACACACCCUUACACACACUGGUGAAAGACCUCAUGAAUGCCAUGAGUGUGGCAAAAAGUUCAGGAAGAAGGGUAACCUCAACACACACAUCCUUACACACACUGGUGAAAGUCCUCAUGAAUGCCAUGAGUGUGGCAAAAAGUUCAGGAAGAAGGGUAACCUCAACGCACACUUCCUUACACACACUGAUGAAAGACCUCAUGAAUGCCAUGAGUGUGGCAAAAAGUUCAUUCAGAAGAGUAACCUCAAUACACACAUCCUUACACACAAUGAUAAAAGACCUCAUGAAUGUCAUGAGUGUGGCAAAAAGUUCACUCAGAAAAGUAACCUCAACACACACAUCCUUACACACACUGGUGUAAAACCUCAUGAAUGCCAUGAGUGUGGCAAAAAGUACACUCAGAAGCGUGACCUCAACACACACAUACUUACACACACUGGUGAAAGACCUCAUGAAUGCCAUGAGUGUGGCAAGAAGUUCAGUAAAAAGAGUACCCUCAACUCACACACCCUAACACACAUUGAUGAAAGAAAUCUUGAAUGCCAUAUAUGUGGCAAAAAGUUUAGGAAGAAGGAUAACCUCAACACACAUAUUCUUACACAUACUGAUGAAAGACCUCAUGAAUGCCAUGAGUGUGGCAAGAAGUUCAGUAAAAAGCAUCACCUCAACACACACAGCCUUACACACACUGGUGAAAGACCUCAUGAAUGCCAUAUUUGUGGCAAAAAGUUCAUUCAGAAGUGCAACCUCAACACACACAUCCUUACACACACUGGUGAAAGACCUCAUGAAUGCCAUGAAUGUGGCAAAAAGUACAUUCAGAAGCGUGAACUCAACACACACAUACUUACACACACUGGUGAAAGACCUCAUGAAUGCCAUGAGUGUGGCAAAAAGUUCAUUCAGAAGCGUCACCUCAACAAACACAUCCUUAAGCACACUGGUGAAAGACCGGGAGGCCCUGCUAGCAGCUGGGCCAACUUUGCAUCCGAGGUCUCUGAUUGGCCCAUGAGCCAGCACGUCUGUGAUUGGUCCGUCGCUUCAACUUCCACCACAUCACACAUAAACAAACCUCUUCAAGCAUGCCAGGAAUGGAGCAGUCCAGUGCAGGCAAGCUUGGCAGGGUCUAACCCUGCCCCAGCAGGGCAACAACAACAGCCACAAGUGACCUGUACUGCUGGGGCUUUAGAGGCCACACGUGGUCCCAUGGCCUAACCAGCCCCCCAAAAACACUGAAGAAGAACACCUUCGGGCCCAUCAUUUUAUACUUACUUAGUAAUGUCUAGAGCCAACGCCUCACAGUCUUCGUGAUAAUGUUGAAGAAAGGGUAGCCACCUCUUGUUAGGCUAAUAAUUACAGUAAAAAAUGACUUCCGGAAAACAAAAGUAGGUGUCGAGGGGGGCAAAAUCCCUCCAUUAAGGGGGGUCAGGAGGGGCAAGCCCCCUUGUUAAGGGGUUCCCCCUGUUAGGUAGGUUAAGUUAGGUUGGGUUAAUUUAAUUCUAUUUGGCAUGCAGUGUUGGCGUGUGGAAACAUGCAGCGUGGGGUGUGUGUGUGUGUGUGUGUGGGGGGGGGGGGCACCACUCUAGCUGGUGGUAGUGGGUGCACCUCAGGCAUUGAAGUCAAUUAUUUAGUGGUUUUCAGAAAAUAAAACUUGUCCAUAAUAAAAAGCAUCAUAUAUUACCCCCAAACAAACUGUCAGUCUUGAAAUUAGUAGGCUACCCUUUCCUCGAUAAUCCCCAAAAAAUUUAGGAAAUUUUGCAAUAAUAAUAUUUCACGUUAAUAUUAAUUUGCAGAAGGUGUUCUUUUGGGUUCAAAAUGCUCACAGUGGUGAGAUCUAGAUAUCUGUAAUAGUAAAGAUUGCUCAUCCCUAUACACUUUUAAAAUAAAACUAUUUUGGGCAGAAACAUAAUUUCACACGUCUUAAGAUAAAAUCAGAGACCUUAAUUUUACCUUUAAAUUAUGACACACUUAAUAUUAUCUUGAAUCUAAUGGUAUUUUAGACUUGGAUAGGUUAGGUUAGACUGGUCAAGUAAGGUUACUCCUAGUACAUUGAAUCUUGCCUCUGUUUUUGUUUAAGUUCAUUUUCAUGAAUGUGAAGCCAGGCUAGCAGGAAUUUGUUGAUGGUCAUGAUUGGGAUCAGGGGUAUAGAUGAAGUUAGAGGGCAUACUGUAUGUAUUUUAAUACCUAUCCAAAUAGCAGUGGUUUGGGGGCAGCAGCUUCCACUAAGAAUAAAUACUACAGGAUAGGUUAGGUUAGUCUUACGACAAAAAACAAUAAUGAAUUUGGCAUGAACCUCCCACAAAGCACUUGGCUUGUGGCCAGGCACUUGGGUACCUAUUCCUAGUGUGUAGCUUGUGGGUAUAAUACAACACUUAUUGAUACUGCAGUGCCUACUUGAUUAAUUUUUACUGUAGUGCCGUAGUAUAUAGAUCAAAGGUGCAUUCAUAUGUAUUUAUUGGACACCAGAUUGAGGAAACAGAUGCUUUGCAUCUUUCACAAUGAUGGGCCUGAAUGUAUAGCCUAUAAAUGUAAUGUUACUUGGCCAUAUGAAUGACCUAUAGUAAACUUUUUUGUUAACAAGAAAUAAUAUGAUUCAUAUAAAAUAAUGGAAUUAAAUUGUUUAUGCUUCUCAUGUACAAUGUGUAUGUAGAGUGAAACUUGUGUAAGUAAUCAAAAGGGGUUUAACUCCUUCACUACUGCUUACAUUCUUCUCAAUUUUUCCUGGUCCUUACUAGAUGAUGAUAUAAGUAGUUUAGCAGACAUCUAUAGCAACUGCUACGAAAAACAAUAUAUUUAGUUUGGCUACAUCGAUUGUCAGUUUGUUAGCAGCAAUCCAGUUAUAUUGCCAAGUUUGUAUUAAGUAUUUGUGCCAAAUUCCCAAUGCUAUACCUAUAUUAUAAUGAUAAAGUGGUUGCAGCAAAAAAUGAUUAUCCGUGGUGUCAAAGGCUUUAAGAAGAUUUUUAAAAAGUAUACCAAUUGUAAGUUUCUUGCUGCCAAAAGAACUUAGUAGCUAUAUAAUUUUUGUAGUUAAUGCAGAUUAGGAAGAGACCAAAUUGAGCCACUGUUAUGGCAUAAGAUGUACAAGUGAUUUCUUCCAAUAUUUUUGAUACUGGGCAAUAAUAUUUAAUAAGGUUAUUAUUUCUUGAUUUGUAAAUAGGUAUGACCUUUGGGUCUCGGAUGAGUAUAUAUGAUGGUUGGUGUCACAAAAGGCAAAAUUGAAUACUGGAGAGAAUUGUAGUACAAACAAUGAGUUUAAUACAAGCUAAUGAAUAUUAAAUAAAAUGA